GCCAACCUGAUCAAUCCUUCCAUUUCCAUCCCUCUUUCUUUGGAUCUGAAUCUGUAGCCAUUCUCCUUCAUUUGACUUUCUUCUUCUUCUUCUUCUUCUUCAAACUUCAGUUCCUCCUGCUCCCACAGCCCUUCUCAUCUCUUUCAGUUAUGGCGUCUUCCGAUAGACCAGAGAUCGUAGAAAGGGGUGACAAAGGCAAAGAUCACAAGGAAGAUGAAAAUGAAGGGAAGGGUGGAUUCCUUGACAGAGUGAAAGAUUUCAUUCACGAUGUUGGCGAGAAGAUUGAAGAGACGAUCGGUUUCGGGAAGCCGACCGCAGAUGUGUCCGCGAUUCAUAUUCCCUCUAUCAAUCUUGAGAAGGCUGAGAUUGUUGUUGAUGUUCUGAUAAAAAAUCCUAACCCUGUUCCCAUUCCCCUAAUUGACAUUAAUUAUUUAAUAGAGAGUGAUGGCAGGAAGCUGAUCUCUGGGUUGAUUCCUGAUGCUGGAACAAUUCAUGCUCAUGGCGAGGAGACUGUCAAAAUUCCUGUGAAGUUGAUUUAUGAUGAUAUUAAGAGCACAUACCAUGACAUUAAACCUGGUAGCAUCAUUCCUUACAGAAUCAAGGUUGAUCUGAUUGUGGAUGUGCCUGUUUUUGGGAGACUGACACUGCCACUUGAGAAAACUGGAGAGAUCCCCAUUCCUUACAAGCCCGACGUCGAUAUCGAGAAGAUACAUUUCCAGAGAUUCUCAUUUGAAGAAACUGUUGCCAUUCUCCACUUGAGACUGGAAAAUAAGAAUGACUUUGAGUUGGGAUUGAAAGACCUAGACUGUGAAGUUUGGCUCUCUGAUGUUUGUAUCGGGAGCACGGAUCUUUCGGAAUUUACACCCAUUGAUAAAAAUGGGAUCAGUCAUGUCGACUUACCCAUCACCUUCAGGCCUAAGGACUUUGGUUCGGCACUUUGGGAUAUGAUCAGAGGAAGAGGCACUGGCUACACCAUAAAAGGGAAUAUUCAUGUCAACACACCUUUCGGUGAAAUGAAGUUGCCCAUUGUUAAAGAGGGCGGUACGACCCGCCUCAAGAAGAAUAAAGAGGAUGGUGGUGACGACGACGACAAUGACGAGGAGUAAACAAACGUGCAUCUGAAAGAAUGGUGAUGUUUUUUUCUUCUCUCUCAGAAUGUAUAAUUCUGUUGCAUAAACAUGUUAAGGGAUUGUUUGGCUGAACUCUUUUGGUACUUAAUUCUCGUGGAUGGUCACUGUGUAAGAGAUUCUACUGUUUUUUUAUUUUUAACUACUUAGUAUUGGCACUGACAUUGGAUGGUGAAUUUCAUGCUUUGGGAAGAGAAUGUUAAAAGGGUAGAUAUUAUUAGCAUGUACUUUACACUAAGUAUAGACGAUUACAUUACUUUGCAUUUAAAAUAUAUUACUUUGUUUGGUAUUACAAA